GCCCACACUGUUUAUUGGCUGCCAUUGGCUGGCACUUGCCGGGAUCGGACAUUCUUUGAUAGAAUAUGCACUUUGCUUUUUUGGUUUUUUUUGCUACCCAAAUUCAGCAAUAAUGAAGAAUCUCUAGUUUAGCUGGAACCGUUAUUGUUGGAAGGUGCAUCGCAUCCCUAUACUACCUUCGGAUAUAGAGGAUAUCCCACGGGUUGAGAUUGCGCCCUACAAUAGGCACUAUUCUCAGACUGAAUCAUACUACUACAUCCUCAUGAUGCCAUAGUUCUUCUAUCCACGAUGAUGAUAAUGAUGAUGGUGGUGGUGGAUAUUGCUAGUUCUUUCAGCUCCCUGUCCAGCCACCCCUGAACUGCAUCCGAGUUACGUAAAGGAAAGAAUGUCAAUGGUCACCUCAUCAUCGUGGACAUCGUGGGCACUUCUAGCAACAUCCAACAAGGUCCCGUCUUCAUGUCAGGGCUGCUGCUCUAGUUGCCUCAUCUGCCGAGCUGGCCUGUCACCCCCGGCUUUCGAACUCAAUGGAGCGAGACCUACAACGCAAUGGAAGAUGGGAGAGAAACCUAGAGACGAGUACCCUCAGGAACAGAGAGCCGAGUACCUUGGAAUGGUGUCAGCCAUCCGAAGUUUGCAAUCCCGCCUGACACCGUUCAAUCAAAUGGCCUUCCAUUCUAUGACUGUUUCGCAUUACUCGAUAUAAACCCCUCGGAUAGCACAUCGGAACACUCCCCAUCACAUCAUGGGACCGGGGCUGCUUUUUCUUUGCCUGGCCAGGAUUUUCCCAGCGAACGGGGAUUUGUGGGAGGAGUUAAGAAAUUCACUCAUGGGUACCACCUCCCAUAUUAGAUGCAAACCCCAGACGAUCCCAAUCCAGACCAGCCGAUAGUCGUCGUGGGCUCAUCGGGUCCCCGUUGCCGCAGCACACAGACCGCAGUUACUUCCUUUUCUUUCUCCUCUACGACGUCGCUUCUAGGGGCCCCUAGAUACGUGGGCGGCGAGCACACCGACUUGUCCUGGAAAGGGGGAAAAGGUUUCUAUUUCGGUUCAUAGACCAGGUUGUCCCUUUUAUAAGACCUACCUCCUACGUAGUCACAGCGUCUUCCUUUAGAAA